AACCCUGUUGGUACUGAACCCUUUGGGUUUAAUACUGAGGCCACUCACACUUGUGCCAUGGGCUACUACUUGAGUAAUGGGAGUGAUGUGAGGGUGUGUGAAGGAAAUGACUCUAGUACUGCUGGAACUUGGAGUGGUACUGCUCCGGGAUGUUCAGCCAAUCUCCCAGUCAUCACCAGUGAGCCCAGUGACCUCCUAGUUAGCGAAGGGACAACUGUUCAGUUCUCUGUGACUGCUGAAGGUGCUAACUUGACUUACCAGUGGAUGAAUGGAGCUGGAGAUCUUUCCGACAUGAUAGGGAAUAUAUCGGGAGCUACCACGGCAACCUUGACAAUCGUAAAUGUUGGCUUGUCUGAUGUUGGUGUGUAUUCAGUUCGAGUUAGUAACAGUGCUGGUGACGUUAAUUCAACUAUGCCUAAUCUAAUUAUAGUGGACCUUCCUGUGAUCACUUUGCAGCCGAUGAGUACGGGAGUGGGGGAGGGUGCUAGUGUCACUUUUAAUGUAUCAGCAUCUACGGGGGAUGGUAUUCUCAACUAUCAGUGGCUAAAGAAUGGGUCUGAGAUACCAGGAGAAACAUCCUCCACUCUGGUACUCUCUUCUGUCAUGGAUGAUGAUGAGGGAGCUUAUAGUGUCAAUGUCACCAACAGCCUCUUGUCAAUCUCAUCCGAUAUUGCUACACUGACAGUUGGUUGUGCCCUAAAUGUCCUCGGAACAAGCCCCUCCUCUCACACUGGACCUGGCUCUGUCUCUGUGCCCAAUGGAGUGAUUUACUACAAUGGUGUUGUACCUGGGUCCAUCGCAUAUCUGUCAUGUGACGAGGGCUACUCUUCAAAUGAAGAUACAGUAAAUCGAACAUGCCUAACGAACGAUACAUGGAGCGAGAUUUUUCGAAGGUGUGUUGCACUACCAUCUUCGUCUGCAAGUUCAACUCUAACUACGGGAGGGUCAAUUGCACUGUCAAUAGUUCUGACUUUCUUUGUUGCACUGGCUCUUGGCAUUCUUAUUGCUUUACUGGCUUUGCUGCUGUUUAAGAAAUCCCAUGUAAAGUCAUUCGAUCCAGCUUCGAAUUCGCAUCAAAUGGAUGCUGUGCAAAAUGAGUAUGCUGGUGAUGUGAAGAAGAAUGACCAUGUGGUGCUUGAGUCUAGCUUUCAAGAUACAGACACAGCUGUAACUGUUGAAGUGAAUACCAUGAUGGGUGGUCAAUAAAUACAAGCACUAUAAAUCAUGUAAUUUACUUGUAUUGCAUUAUAACAUUUAAAUUAGAGCUGAGCAGUCUUUGUUGAAUAGAAGUUUUAUGUUAUUCAAAUUAUUGUUUAAGUGAGAGCAGAACUCUUUG